CUGAAAAACACAGAUACAACACUGAAACCGGGUGUAUCCAUCUCCUUUCCGUCAUUGAUCGUAGCAAUUUCAUUUUUCAGGCCAGCGGGCGGGAUGGCAACUGCACCAGCACCUCUUGAUAUAUUGUCCAUGGGUUUCAGUGUACCCGAUCCUUUUGCACCCAGACAAUCACCUCGAGGGACCUUCGUCAACGCUGUGCUCGCCACUGCACUAUUCCGAUGCUGGCACAUUCUGAUAUUCUUCUCUGCAUGGGGAACGCUUAUCACCAUCCUCAAUCACCAGGGCCAUGAGCUUUACUUUACGGCGACGCUCCUCACUGUGGUCGGUACCGUGCUUGGUUUCGUCAUAUCUUAUCGUACAACUUCGUCGUUCGAGCGGUAUAACGAGGGUCGGCGGUUAUGGUCACAAAUUAUUUUGGCGAGUCGGACUUUUGCUCGAACGGUGUGGUUCCAUAUACCAGAUCCGCCUGCGACGGAAUCUGCUUCUGCAGAGGAGCUCAAGGCACGAGCGAUGGUAGAGAAAAAGACCGUCAUCAAUUUACUCGAGGCAUAUGCUGUGGCAAUCAAGCAUUACUUGCGUGGGGAAGAUGGUAUUUAUUACAAUUUCUUCCCGCCUAUGCGCUUCCUCCAGGCAUACCCUCUCAUCCGGACCAGAAGCAGAUGGAUGAAGGGACAUUCGCUCGCUCCGACGGAUUCUCCCGUACAACCGACGGCCAACGGCAAUCGCCAGUCUUUAGAUCGUCCUUCCGGUGGCAACCUGCUGCAUCACAGAACCUCGGUAUCCUCCGCGUCGGCUCCAGCAGGUCUACCCCUACCAGCGACAAGCCCGAUCUCCAAGAAGCCCGUAUUCUUGGAGCAUUGGAGGAGCCCAGAGCCCAAGGGACGUCACGCGGACCCGCACAAAGAUAAGAUGAUAUUGAACAAGGCCGACGAAGCUUACCUACUACCAGCUAGUAUGCCUCCAAAAUACCACUUGUUCGAUCUGUUCCCGUUCUCGUUAUUCAUCCAGCUUCUCACCAAGCGGGGUAAAGAAAUCAAGGGCAAGAAGGCAGCCAGGAUAAGGGCUAAGAUGAGGGACAGAGGACAAAUAUCCCUGUAUCUCAGUUCAUAUAUAUCAGCGCUCCAAAAACGGAAAACGAUGGACGUACCUACGACAAACACACUGCUGGCGGCGCUCAAUCAGCUUGUUGACAGUCUCACCGGUCUCGAACGUAUUCUCACGACACCUAUCCCUUUCUCUUACUCCAUUCACCUCUGGGUGGUAACAAUCCUGUAUAAUUUGUGUUUGCCAUUCCAGAUCUGGCAACCCUUGGGGUGGAUCACCAUUCCAGCCUGUUCGAUUCUGAGCUUUAUAUUCUUCGGGUUCCUGGUGGCUGGGGAAGAAAUAGAGAAUCCCUUCGGGUAUGACAAGAACGACCUGAACAUGGAUCAUUUCACUUCGAAUAUCAUCCGCAAUGAACUCAGGGCCAUUACCUCGGCGGCGGCGCCAGAUCCUGCUCGCUGGGCUUUCGCUCCAGAAAACGAUCUGCUGUUUGCCACGAAUUAUGACAAGGACGAGCGGGUAUCACCGGAGGAGUGGGCACGAAGAGGGUCUACACAGAUGCAGGCUGCUGCAAGUUUUAUCUAACGAUAUAUCCUUUGGGCACUGGCGCUUUUUAAACAUGGACCCGGCCCGCAGACAAAAGUGAUCCUGGAGGACAAGAUGGAUGCUCUCCGGACAAUUAUCAAAAAUUAACGUUCUUUGCUACGUUGGACUUUUAAAUCUUCACGCUAUAUAUAUAUAGAUGUAUCCACAUCAUCUACCUCACUUGCAUAUUUUAUAGAGUACCUACAAUGUCAUCACAUGUUUUU